AAAAAAGUCACAUUUGUCACUUUUCCAAGAUUUUAUACAAUUUUUAUAGUGUUUUGAAGCAGAUAUUCUUAACAUGGACGUAAUGGGUUACACUGUUUUACAAGAGGAGUCUUUACCUGGCUUCUUAAAAGGGAGACCGCAAGUGGCCAUGUGCCUGGCGUGUGCCGCAGCACUGCUCUUGAUCACCGCUCUCUCGAUUACCAUCGGUAUUUUCAUCGGAUACACGUACUGCUACAUCGAGCACAAGUCUGGAGUCAUAAACGCCAAUAUCACGCGCACCAACGUCAAAAUUUUCACGCCAAAUUCCUUCGAGAACCCCGACAACAAAACCAGGAGCAUCAACGACGCCAUCGUGAACAACUUCUUCGUCUCCAAACUCCUGAGGGUCAGCGGCUUCCAGAAUGAACCAGCUCUCUCCUGGUCAGAACACUCGGAACAGACAGAGAAGAAACUCAUUGAGACUACGGCUUGAGCGCGUCCAUUUUCAAAAGCAUGGUUGUUGUAGUUAUGGAUUUGAACUGUUGAAGUAGCAGCGCUACAAGGUAUG